CAUGUUUAUCUGAUAACAAUUGGGUCAGACACUACUUUUGGGCUUUAGAUGGAAAGUGACGCCACCGUCUUCGAUUUCAAUUCCACGCACUUGAGAGAGAGUUGAAUCCACCGAGAUACAUGGCACAUGUGUGGGAAUUAGAGAAAAUUGAAUUUGAUUUAUGAUUACUAUAAAAAAAAGGGACCAAUCCACACUUCCUAUUUCUCAUUCCCUCACUUUUUCCCUUCUCUCUUCCUUUCAAAACGCUAUCACUCCUCCUACAUUUUUCUCUACUCCUUCUCUCUCUAAUAUACAGACACCCUUUGCCUUACUCUCUCUCUCUCUACCCUUUUCUCUUAUGGAAAACCACCACCACCACCACCUACCUCCUCCGGUGAAGUCAAGAUUCAAGCGUAUCUGCGUUUUCUGCGGUAGCAGCCCCGGCAGGAGCCCCAGCUACCAGCUUGCUGCUAUACAACUCGGAAACGAACUGGUUGAAAGGAACAUUGAUCUAGUUUAUGGAGGAGGCAGCGUUGGCUUGAUGGGUCUUGUUUCCCAAGCUGUCUAUGAUGGUGGCCGCCACGUGUUAGGAGUCAUUCCAAAAACUCUCAUGCCAAGAGAGAUAACUGGAGAGACUGUUGGUGAAGUAAGAGCAGUGUCUGGUAUGCACCAAAGAAAGGCUGAAAUGGCUCGCCAAGCUGAUGCAUUUAUAGCACUUCCCGGUGGUUAUGGAACAUUGGAGGAACUCCUAGAAGUCAUCACGUGGGCUCAGCUGGGAAUCCAUGAUAAGCCGGUGGGCUUGCUGAACGUUGACGGGUACUAUAACUCGCUAUUGUCUUUCAUAGACAAAGCCGUUGAUGAAGGUUUCAUCACACCCUCUGCCCGUCACAUUAUUGUGUCUGCCCAAACUGCCCAUGAACUCAUGUGCAACCUUGAGGAAUACGUUCCCAAGCACUCUGGUGUGGCGUCGAAGCUGAGCUGGGAGAUGGAGCAACAAUUGGGGUACACCACAAAGUCAGACAUUGCUCGUUGACUCCAUCCAAAUCUCUCUACUCGCUUCAGAGCAUUGACGACUGGAGAUUUUAGCAACUUUUAAUCGACAGUACAGGCAACCACGUAGACAUGAGCAACACACAAUCUCUCUCACCCCACCACAGUUGUUUUAUUUCGCUGUGGAUCGUCAUCAUGUAUUUUUUUUUUAUAUACUAUAUAUAUUGUUUUAGAAAAAAAAAACAAAAAAAAAAAAAAUUCUAACCUGUGUAGUGGAUUAAGGAGAGGAAAUGACUUGUUAGUCCUCUAUUGUGUCGGUAAUUACUGUUCAUGUAUAUUAUUAUAUUAUCUUUUUUGAA